CUCAAAAGAUCUGGAUAGUUGUGACCUGCAUCGAUAUUAGGGAGGCCUCCAUAUUACUUAGACCGUUUACACUGAUUAAAUCAGUCCUGCUGUCUACUGUACCGUGAGGGACUGAAGGCCAGCCAGCCAGCCAGCUAGCUAGCUAGCUGAGUAACUGACCUAGUUCAUAACAGCAAGCCUUAACUGUUACAUCACUUUGGGUCGUGUCCCACCUGGGAAACAGCGGCCUAAAGGAAAGUACGCUUCCCACUUUAUGCAAUAGGCAGUGUGACAUUAGCAUGGCACACUGACCCGUCAAAGUAAAACAAGAGAGUUAAAGCUGCAGUGACUUAGCACAUUUGUUUACCCGUAAAGGCUGUCAAGACGUGACUGGUUUCAUCGUGCCCUGAUUUUGAGCCAAAAGAAGAGUCAUGUCCUGUCCUUGUACUUCGGCUGCCAGGUUGUUCUUAAACACUGCUCACAGAGGAUUGUCCUGCUCCCGGAUCCAGUUGUUUUCUCUGAGUCGUCAGGGAUCUCGGGAAACUCAUGUACCUACCCGGGUACGGGUGAGGUCGUUUUCAGAGACUGCUGUCUGCUAUGCCUCUAAAGAUGGGACAACAAAGGACAGUGGAAGUGAUGGUGGAAAGAAAAGCAUCAGUGAAGCGAAGAGACAGUCUGGCUCUGGAGGAUCAGGCAAGGGGGGAAGCCAGCUACGCUGCCCUAAAUGUGGAGAUCCCUGCACACAUGUAGAGACCUUUGUAUCAUCAACACGAUUUGUCAAAUGUGAGAAAUGCCAUCACUUUUUCGUGGUUCUGUCUGAAGCGGACUCUAAGAAGGGGCUAAACAAAGAGCCAGAAUCUGCUGCGGAGGCUGUGAAACUGGCCUUUGCACAGAAACCUCCCCCUCCCCCUAAGAAGAUAUAUGCUUACCUUGACAAGUUCGUUGUUGGCCAGUCCUACGCAAAAAAGGUGUUAGCGGUUGCAGUGUACAAUCACUACAAGCGCAUUUACAACAACAUCCCUGCUGGGAGUCGACAGCAGGUGGAGGCAGAGAAACAGCCCUCUCUAACUCCUCGUGAGCUAGAGAUGAGAAGACGAGAGGAUGAGUACAGAUUCACAAAACUGCUGCAGAUUGCAGGCAUCAGUCCUCAUGGAAAUGCUCUGGGAGCGUCCAUGCAGCAACAGGCAAGUCAGCAGGCGCCUCAAGAGAAGAGGGGCGGGGAGGUCCUGGACUCCACUCACACUGAGAUUAAACUGGAAAAGAGCAACAUCAUACUUCUAGGUCCCACUGGCUCAGGAAAAACAUUGUUGGCGCAGACACUGGCUCGUUGUCUGGAUGUUCCUUUUGCAAUUUGCGAUUGCACCACACUAACUCAAGCUGGAUACGUGGGAGAAGACAUCGAGUCAGUUAUUGCCAAACUGCUGCAAGAUGCCAACUACUCAGUGGAGAAAGCGCAACAAGGUAUUGUAUUUCUGGAUGAGGUUGAUAAGAUUGGCAGUGUGCCUGGAAUCCAUCAGCUGAGAGAUGUAGGAGGAGAGGGAGUCCAGCAGGGGUUGCUAAAACUCCUGGAGGGCACAGUCGUCAAUGUUCCUGAGAAAAACUCCAGGAAACUGAGAGGAGAAACGGUGCAGGUAGACACAACAAACAUCCUGUUUGUUGCAUCCGGUGCCUUCAACGGACUCGACAGAAUCAUUAGCAGAAGAAAGAAUGAAAAGUAUUUGGGUUUUGGAACUCCCUCCAACCUGGGAAAGGGGCGGCGGGCAGCGGCUGCCGCAGACUUGGCCAACACCAGCGGUGAGACAGACACUGUGGCAGAGAUAGAGGAGAAGGACAGGCUGCUGAAGCAUGUCGAGGCCAGGGACCUGAUCGAGUUUGGAAUGAUCCCAGAGUUUGUUGGCCGUCUUCCUGUGGUCGUUCCUCUGCACAGCCUGGAUGAAGAAACGUUAGUCCGUAUAUUGACUGAACCCCGCAACGCUGUGGUUCCCCAGUACCAGGCUCUGUUCAGCAUGGAUAAAUGUGAACUCAAUGUGAAUCAAGAUGCUUUGAAGGCCAUAGCCAGGAUGGCUUUGGAGAGAAAAACUGGUGCUCGUGGGCUCAGAUCCAUUAUGGAAAAGCUCCUUCUAGAGCCCAUGUUUGAGGUGCCGCACUCUGACAUCAUGGCUGUUGAGCUGGACAAAGAUGUUGUCCAAGGAAAAUCGCAACCCAGAUAUAUCCGAGCGCCAACCAAGGAGUCAGCAGAGGAGGAAUACGACUCGGGCAUCGAGGAGGAGAACUGGCCUCGGCAGGCAGACGCUGCUAAAAACUGAACCUCAUGUCACUCAUUUCACCUAAAGACAGUCUCUAAAAUCAUUAGAUUACUAUGAACCUUUGGAUACCAACUCUGGGUUCUAUUAUAGCCCCUGGCAAACAAGCUCUGCACGUUGUAUUAGAGGAAUUGAAGUCUGCUGGUUCUCACUGAGUGCUUUCAUGAUGAACAAGUUAAGAGACAACCUUCAGUCCCAUGCAUCAGAUAUUAACUCUAGUGGUGCAUUUGCAGGGUGGACAUAUAAAAUAUUUCAAUCUCUGGGGGUUGUUCACAUUUUAUCUAUAUAAAGAUAAUGCAAUUUUAUUCAUGAAAGGAUUUGUAGCUAGUUAAUUUGUUUUCUUUUUGUGGUGAUGGGCUGUCAUGGCAAGGGAAGCAAAUAAAAAUGAUGGGAUCAUACUGUACAUGUGGGGUGCUGAGAAAGUGAUGUUACCAUGUCAAGCCUUAUAUCAUAAGGGCAUAAUAUUCCAUGAGAACAUCAGUAUUUUGAUGUUUUUACCACCAUUGUAAUAAUGGUGUUCAUAGUAACAAUGGGCUGUAAAUGUUGAGCUACACUGCUUAGGUAGCAUUUGUAAGCAGUCUGAAUGACAUGACCUCUAAUUAGGAAACACAUUUUGGCGUGUAACGCACCAGCACACUUAACAGAGCAGGUGACAAAUAAUGGUGACCUUUUUAAACAGCCAGAAUGGUUAUUUUUCAGUGUUUUGCUUCCUCUUUUAGCCCACUCUUUAGGGAAUGUAUAUGUGUUUAUUUACAGACCUCUGUAUCACAGGACUGUCUCGUGAAGCAGGAUUAGAAGGAUAGCCAGGUAGCUUUGAAGUGUUAAUAAAAUAAUCUGAUGUUUUGUUUUGGAGUAGCUGUCGUCCAAUAUAUACAUGAAAUCUUAUCAUAUCCUAAUCAAAUUCAAGCUUCAUUGUCCAGAUUUAAAUCAUUACCAGAUAAUCUCUCUCUGUUGGCUGGAUGCCGUUCUAAACCUGCUUUGUCAGACAUCCAUCAGGACAACACAGGUACUUUCUUUGUGUGUGCCCCAUUGUUGGAAACUCUCCUCACAUUUUAGUGAUUUAAUAUCCAGUUACUAAAUGGUUCUUUAAUACACCUGUCUGUAAUCAAGCCUCCACCUAAAUGCUCUUUGACUGAACCACGCUGCUGUACUCUUUAAAAUGCUGUUUGUGCUAUAAAAUGAGAUUAAACUAGAUCUGUUCUC